AUGCCGCGCGGAGUUUGCGGCCGGCUUGUCUCAGCGCUGCGGGGGACACGCGCACGGCCGCCCGCGGUCGCCCAGAGGUGUGUGCACGCGUCGGUGUCGCGGCCGUCCCCAGAGCAGAGCGAGCGGACGCGGGAACCGCCCCGCGCCUUCGACCCAGCGCUGCUGGAGUUCCUGGUGUGCCCGCUCUCCAAGAAGCCGCUCCGAUACGAAGCGACAAAUGAACUGAUUAACGAAGAGUUAGGAAUAGCCUAUCCAAUUAUUGAUGGGAUUCCUAAUAUGAUACCACAGGCAGCUAGGAUGACACAUCAAAAUAAGAAGCAAGAAGAAACGGAGCAGCGUUAGAUCACACGUAAGAACGACAACACACACAACUGAA